AUGACGAUGGUAAUGGAGAACCAAAACCGCCCUUAUGGCGGCAUGAGCUUCGACAAUGUCUACCAUCACAAUCCGCCCCAAUUCACAGACCCGUGGGCGACUGCACACACCUCAGCUCAUUCGACACCCCCCGUGUAUGCGACCUCCAUGGGCAACAGUGCCAGCAUUCCUGUCAUCAAGCAAGAGGAUGUCGCUCGCUCCGCCGCCAUGUCCAUGUCCUACGCCAACAUUCCCGUCUCUGCGCCCUCCAUGGUACCCAGCAGCAACUAUGCCACCUCCGGCUACAGUGCAGAGGUGAUGGGGAUGCAACAUGAGGUUCCUCGAACGGGCUACGAGCAGGCCCCCGCCUAUACUACCGCGCCUGCCAUGAGCAGCUACGCGCAAGCCAGCUAUGCUCCCGCUGCGUAUGCUCCCAUCCACGCCACUUCACCGACGGAUAUUCGUCGCAUUUCGCAUUCUGAUCGUCUCGCUUCAUCGGCUUCCGCGCCAACUUUUGGAGACGCCCUUGAUGCCAGUCGCGGGAUGGUGGCUCUCAGCCAGGAUCUGACCCCUCGCAAUAUCUACGGCCCUCGCGGCGCACGCAGCUCAACGGACGCCUACGGGUUCCCUACCAAUCACUCAUCUACCUCCUCCAUCUCGUCCGGCAGCACAUACCCCUACUACAGCGCUUCCGUCGGCUCCGUGGAUUCAUCAGUGACCGACUACAGCUCGACCACAUCCGAGUCCUACGAGUCGCGCACCCUUCCUCGCCCGACCAGCCUACUGGCCGGCAGCGCUCCCCCGGGGCCUCAGUCCAUGAUGAGCCAAUUCAGCUCCAAGAUGCCCUCCAACACACAAAAGAAGCACAAGUGCAAGGUCUGCGACAAGCGGUUCACUCGACCUUCUUCCCUUCAAACGCAUAUGUACAGUCACACUGGUGAAAAGCCAUUUGCUUGUGACGUGGAGGGAUGCGGGCGACACUUCUCAGUCGUCUCCAAUCUGCGCCGACACAAGAAGGUGCACAAGGGUGAGAAGGAGGGUGGAUCGCCCGACGACGAUGAGUAA